AUGGUGCGAUUAAAGGUGAGGAACCAGUCAGCAAUGAGUAGUAUAGUCGGCAAAGGUAAGACGGAGAUUCCCGAGUCCGUAGUGAAAUGGUUAUUCCAAGUGAUUCAGCCCAUAUACAAACAUGACCCCAGAGCGACGUUCCAUGAUUCAAUGGUGACAUUGACACAAUUCGGCCAAUUGCGUCCUCGUACAAGGGUGUUCACGGACUCUGAUGGUCUGUCACGGCUGCUGUUGGUGUUACAUGGUGUGAUCCAUGGAGUGCCUAUCUUGGUGUGGUUACCAGAGGACUACCCAGCAACAUCUCCCUUGAUAUAUAUAGAUAUUGAAAAGAUAGAUUCAUCACAGCGGUAUGGGUCAUUGGUACAAAAGGAUGCACAGUUAAAUCUGUCAAUGUUUUGCAAUGAAUGGAAUCCACAAACCAGUAACGUUGCGCAAAUAAUUCAAGCAAUAGAACAAUUGGAAAGUACACAUUUAAUAGAGACUCCACAAGAUUCGAUUACAGUGGCCGGAACGACGAUACCUCCAUCGACAUCAUCGACAUUAACGUCACCACCACCUUUACCUCCAAAACCGGGUCAACAGAAGGUGUCUGCACAUGCACUUCCACCACGACCAAAAGUUGCUACACCUCCACCUUCCCCUCUACAGCAACAAGCAGUAGAUCUCAUGGAUUCAUUGACAUUAAACGGCGAUACACAACAUGAUCAAUUACUUGUUGCAUUAGAACAAUUGUUACAGGAGUUAGAAACUGGAUCAGAACGAUCGAUGAACAAUGAAAUAACUGAUUAUUCCGUGAAAUAUAAGGAUGUCAUAGCUAAAUUCAAUGACAAUUUACAAUAUCAGACACAAGCAGUGCAAUAUGUGAAUGACAAUAUAACAAGACAUAGAGAAUCUCUAACAAUACAAAUGAAAGAAUUAGAAGAAUUUCGAGACGUUAGACUCAACACAUAUCAGCCACCUCAGGACGUUGAUGAAAUCGUUACGACCGCUGAUGACCUCCUAUACAAUUUUGUAUCCUUAGAUCUGGCUCUUACAGACGCUAUACUACUUUGUAACGAAUUACUCAGUAAAGGAUCACUCACUGUAGAUCAAUUUGUCAGAGAGACAAGACAUCUUGGCACUUUGCAGUUCCAAACUCGAGAUGCUAUCCUAAGCAGAUCAGCCACGCUUACAUAA